GACUGGCCACCAAUAAGAACAUCUGAGGAAGCAAGGUUAGUUUCAUCUUCACUGCAGCCUUUGUGUGCAGGGUCCUGGCCAGAGAGGAAGCCUGUCCUGACCGAGGCUGCUCACCAGCAGAGGACCCGGGAAUGGCUGCACAAACCGUGGUGACGAUCCAGCCGCAGUACGGCGGGCCCGCUGUCUCCAGAUCCAUGUGGCAGACAGGGCUGAUGGACUGCUGCUCCGACUGUGGCGUCUUCUGCUGCGGGAUGUUCUGCUUCCCCUGCCUGGGGUGCCAAGUGGCCGGGGACAUGAACGAGUGCUGCCUGUGYGGGACCAGCGUGGCCAUGAGGACCCUGUACCGCACCAGAUACAACAUCCCGGGGUCCAUCUGCUCUGACUUCUGUGUCACCCUGUGGUGCCCCGUGUGCUCCGUUUGCCAAAUUAAGAGAGACAUCAACCGCAGGAGGGAGCUCGGCAUAUUCUGAUGCUGCCAUCCUCGCUGCAUCCCUGGAGCUGCUGCUGGCAGGAGUCACUGCUGCUCUCACAGUUGGGAAAUGCACCAUAUGGAGCUUGCCAUGACUGCCUUUGAUUUACCCUAAUUAACUGCAACAAUAAAGUUUUGAGUUGGUCUUCCUA